UCACUUUUCUAAAACCUAAAGCUCUCUCAUUUUCCUCUCUACUUCCUUUACGCCGCAGAGCAUGGUGAGACUUGCAAGUCUCUCAUGCCACCGUGAAUUGAUGGCUUCGGUUGUGACUUUUAAGGCUCCGGUGAAGCUACCAAAGGCCAGAUCUUCUCUAAAAGGAAUGUUUCUCUUCUUCUUUUUUAUUUUUUUCCCUCGAAGGGUUUUUUUUUGCUCAAAACUCCAAUGGUCUUUUCAAAUCUCUCUAUUUUCUCUGAUUUUUUCUCCGUAUUUUUUUAUGUUCGAGACCCCUCCAACUGGGUCCUCUGUAUUUCUCCCCCUUCAAGCCUUCGGGUUUCCCCUUCACAUAUAGUAGCAUGCAUGAGAGUUUAGUGGUGGAGUAGUUUGCAUCAAACCCAGAUUUUGCGGGAUUUCUUCUGUUAUUUGAAUGGGUUUAGUGGAUUUGAAAGUAGAUUUAGUGGGAUUGGGUUGUUCUGGUGAUGGUUUGUUGAUUUUUUUCAUUGAUGGGCGAAAAGUAGUGUCUACACUAGGAUAUCUGGUUAUUGUGAACAAAAUGACAUACAUUCUCCGUAAAUCAUUGUACAAGAAUCUAUAUUUUUUUCAGUUUUGUUGCGCCUGACUUCUCAUAUUGACUCUAAAACUAGAGCUGUAAGAUUAUCAAAUCUAAAAGAAAAUGUUUUCAUAUCAACAAAAGUUUGAGUAAAGUUGUGAUGAAGUUGAUUUUGAUGACAUUUCAGGUGUUCGUUAAAGACGUUCUUGAGAUUAUGGAACACAAUGAAGUCAAGGAUGCCUUAGUUGGGAUACCUGGUAUUUCUGGUUUAUCAAACGCACAACAUAAGCGGCUUACAAUAGCAGUCGAGCUUGUUGCUAACCCCUCCGUAAUUUUCAUGGAUGAACCUAUAUCUGGCUUGGAUGCAAGAGCAGCAGCCAUUGUCAUGCGUGCAGUCAAGAAUGUUGUUGACACAUGUCGAACAAUUAUUUGUACAAUCCACCAAUCAAGCUGCCCAAAUGAGGCCCAAUACAUGCCCAACAGUCAAACUCAGACCCAAUUACAACCAGAUCUAACCCGAAGCCCAACUGCAACUGAAGCCCGAUCUUGAUCCGACCAGUUAGUGUUUUAAAAACACUAUAUGUUCAUCUCAACAAUCAGUCAUCGAUGUGCACAAAAUUUGGACCGUUCAUAGGCACGUGUGAUGCAUAUGUCGUCUCUUUAUCUCCCAAUCGGCGCGUGAAUCACCGUCGAUCACUCCUGAACCUUCGUCGUUAUCAAUUUACAUUAACAACCCCAAAUCAGAGAAAACAAUAGCCUAAAUCAAAACCCAUUAAAAAUAUAUUAAAUUCUGAAAAAUCAGGAUUUCAUCAGUAAGAUUC